AUGGCUCCUUCUUCCUCUCCGAUAAUUAAGUUGCUCCAGCCUUACCUACUUAAUAAAACCUACGGCACACAAACUCCUCAUUCUCACCGCCAACUCCUCCAGCCUCUCUUUCUCUCCACAACCAUUAUAGCUAUAUUCAUACACGUAUAUGGUGAUGCGAAGAGUAGCCACCAGCAACUGAAAACUAGAAGAGCUUAG